ACAGCAGGUGUACAUUUUCACACCAGAGUCGCCUGCACACGAGCAACCAUAAGGCUCAUUAUAUUAAUUUAAGUUGGUCACAUCUUGUAUGUCAAAAUGAAUGUGAGGGGCAUUGGGCUGUGGAUGCUGUGUUACCUAGUGCUGACGGCUGCUAUGUACUUUGAUCUGGGUGAGCAGGAGGAGAAAUGCCUAAUCGAGGAGAUUCCAGGCGACAUGCUGGUCACAGGUUAUUUUCUUUUGGAGAAUUGGGAUGCAAAAAAUAACCUUAACUCCCCUCAUCUUGGCCUCACUAUCACUGUGCGAGAUCCAAACCAUGAUAUACUGAUGAAAAAAAGAUAUGGCAGAUUUGGAAAAUUCACAUUCACAUCCCACGCUUCUGGCCCACAUUGGUUGUGCAUGCAGUCCAACUCAACAAGGUUUUCAGUUUUCGCCGGUGAAAGGCUGAGGAUUCAUUUUGAUGUUCAGAUGGGAGAGCACUCCAUUGACCCUAGUGUUGAGAGACACAAAGACACAGUCCAGACCAUGGAGUACAGCCUGGAGCACCUGAGGGACCAGAUCCUAUACAUCACCAGGCAGCAAGACUUCCAGAGGGAAAGAGAGGAGACUUUCCGUCAAAUCAGUGAAGAAACCAAUGGGAAAGUUUUGUGGUGGGCUGUUGUGCAGACUUCCGUUCUACUAUCAGUUGGAUUUUGGCAAAUCAAAAGACUGAAAGACUUCUUGAUUGCAAAGAAGUUGGUUUGAUAUGCUUGGCUUUAGGGCAGGAUUUAUAUAUUGCAGUACAAUGCAAAGUGGCUACUAGAGUCAACGGCUAUUCCAAAACUAGACUUACAUCAAGUGCUGAUGCAUCUAUUUUACUGUACAUUCUU